CACACUUCAGUCCGCAUCAUCACUCAAAUCGAAAGAGAAAUUUCAUUUUUUCAUUAUUUUUAAUUGAACUUUUUUUAAAUGUUAAAUUAGAAAUUUUCAAUCAAUGAGAAAUGUCGUCAAUAAAAUUACAUUUUGAAAUCGGUCAUUCAGCGGAGCGAAAGGCAAAGCCAUCAAAGCACGGCUUUACGCACGACUGGGAAUUGUUUGUGAAGAGUCCGAAUGACUCGAAUGACAUCAGUCAGUUUAUCGAGAAGGUUGUUUUCAACUUGCAUGACUCAUUUCCAAAGCCGAAACGGGUGAUUAAGGAUCCUCCUUAUGUUGUUAAAGAAUCUGGAUACGCUGGCUUUGAACUCACUAUCGACAUCUACCUACGAAACCGUGAUGAACCGAAGAAAAUUACUUUCCCAUAUGACCUCGAUCUGCAGCCAUUUAAAAGUGAAGUGAAGGAAUUUAUUGUUAACAAUCCAUCAGAUGACUUUAAAAGGAAGUGUGUUAAAGCUGGUUGUCAAGUUGUUGCUGGCAGCAGUGACUACAAAAACAAAGAUUACAAGCCGAGCAGCAGCAGUGCGAGUCAAGAAAUAAAGAAACCAAAACGACCAGAAGACAAAACAAAGUCGUACUUUACAGAACUUUUUGGAGAUCCAAUUGAGAAGACAAGUGCAAAAGUUGUGGUAAAUAAAAAGGAAGAGAAGUUGCCACCACCACCGCAGCCAUCAAGUUCAAGUCAUAAAGACAAGGAAAAGUCAAAACAUAAGCAUAGUCCUGUCGUUGAUUCAAAAGACAGUAAAAGUAAAAAGAGCGAUGAUCGUAAGGAAGGAAGCACUGAUAAGCCAAAGAAGGACAAGUCACGUGACCGUGACAGAAGUGAGAAGAAAGAAAAGUCAGCAAAACGAGCAUUAUCACCACCUCCAGUGUCCUCAAGUUCUCGUCCACCAUCAAGUUCACAACCAGCACCAUCAAAACCUCCACAGGAUUACCAAAAAUCCUCACAACUUAAACAACCGCAACCAGUUGUUGAGCAGCCAGCUCCACAACCAACAUCGACGAGUACAAAAAAGAGCAACAAGAAAAAAAAUUACGAAAAGGAUCGCGAGAAGAAAGAGUCAAAGAAGAAUGUUGAAAUUCCAGUGGCUAAAAAGCCAAGUAAGGAGGAACCAAGCAGCAAGUUUGACAGUCGUGACAAAAAUUUCAAAUCCAAACCAUCAACAUCGGAAGUUAAAGCACCGCCAGAAGUCAAAAAGCAUGAGAAUGUUGAAGUCGAACGGAAGCACAAACACAAAAAGAAGGAAAAGUCAAAAGAAAAGGAGAAGAAAGAGAAGCCAGCAAAAAGUCAGCCACAGCCAGCACCAGCACCUGUACGAACUCAAACACCAGUAUCCUCAAAAUCUACAACUAAAUUUGAAAAACCACCGCCAGUCAGUGACAACUCAAGUGACUCUGAGAUUGAAAGUACUCCAAUAAAGCAGGAAGAACCAGUUGUUGAAUUUAAGGCACAGCCAGAACCAGAGAGGCAUCAUACUAAGAAUCCACGAGAUAAACCUCAAAAAUCAAAUGAAAAAGAAGACAAAAAACGUAAGCGAGCAGCAGAGAAGGAAGAACGUGACUCAUCAGCAUCACCGCCUCCUGCAAAGUCAAAUAAAAAGGAACCAUCGCCGUCACCGACAUCAAAUGCAUCCUCAAAGUCAACAAAUAACAAUAAUAAGCAACCAGACACUCCAAGUGACUUAAAAGUGACGACCGAAUAUCUCGAUGAAUUAAAGGAUUUAAAGCAUAAGAUCACAACACUUAAGAAUAAUGAUCAUCUACAGCAUGUCGUGAGGCUGAUUGCAUCCACAGGAUGUUAUGAGAUUACAAAAUCAACAUUUGACUUUGACUUGGUGCAACUAGACAAAAGCACCGUUCAAAGACUUCAAGAAUUUUUCGCUAAUUAAAGUCGGCCUUGGGAAUCAUUGUUUCAUAUCCUUUAAGGUUAUUUUAUAGUAAAUAAGUAAGAAAAUUAUUAUUUAGUAAUGUGUGGUAUAAAGCGCAUAAACAUAAUCUGUACAGAAAUGAAAAUAAACCUAUAUAGCAACCGUAUGACAGCCAUUUCAUUUGUGUACGACAUAAUAUGUAAAGAUAUAAAGCUUGGAUCCAAGGGUACGGAACUGGUAAAUUACAUUUUGAUGAUUUUUCACUAUUUUUGAUCAUUUCAUCAGUUCCGCAUCCUUGUUUGAAUCGCUGGAAAUAAGAUGUUGAUUGAGUUGGAUGUAAAGAAGGUCAAGGACACUAAUCAUUAAGUGGUCAAAUGAGGUGCUAUUGAGAAUAGCUUGUCAAAGGGUGCACAUACGAUGAAAUAUCCAAAAUGAGAUUUGUCAGUCCUUAAAUGAGCUUUAGAAGCAAAUUUUAAGGGACUUUCCGAAUUUUUAUAGAAAAUCCAAGGCAAUGGCUUCAAUCUUUGUCCCCUUGCUAUUCUUGUUGAUAAUCCGUGACCUUAGCUUUUGGAUAAGUCAAUGUUAUAUCCAUGGUUAGUUCAAGAACCUUCUAGGAUAUAAACUGCUUGAAAUAAGAGGCUUGGAGAGCCCAAACCUGAGGUUAACAGUGAAGUAGAUCCGAAUAGGAAGUAAUAAAGAUGAGAGGGUUGUUAGGCAGGUGUGGAACCAGGAG